CUUAUAUACAUUUCUCACUUGAAUAGCAAAUAAAUCUAAUAGAUAUUCAAAUGAGUAAAGCAUACAAACCAUGAAAAUAUCACUAAUCUAUACAAUCCUAGUCCUUAUCGGCACAGCCUAUGGUCAGAUUAUUGGUGGAGGGUGCACCACCUACGAUUUGAUACAAUGUCAGAAUACCGUACCUCCCGUGCCGGCCGGUGUGUACUCAUACCAGGGCUGUCAGCGCACAUCUACCCGACUUCGCACCUGUCUUUAUACCUGCAAUGAAAUUCCGUGUAAUAAUCAGUGCGUCCUAUUUCAGGACUACCGGCGCGGGGCCUGUAUGUAUGACAUGACCCGACAAACCACUUCCUGUCAGUGUUUCAGAAACUAAUGGCUAAAUGUAUGGCAUCUCAUGAAUGGGAACUACAUUUGAUGAGACAGUAGUGAAAGGUAUUUAUAAAACUAUUCCCAC